UAUCUUUUGUCAGCACUUGGUUGACUCAUUAAUGUUACUUGGGGUUUCUCUCCGGCAGUGCGUGACGUGUGGCGUAGCGACAAGCAAGAUGCUACCUUCCUUCCAGUGACAUGAAUCUUCGAGGAAAAGUGCAACGGCUUCAAUUCCUUUCGACUCACCUCCUUCCCUCAGGAGCGAUGAGGCGCCUCCGAUCCCUGAUGGCCAUGGUUCUGCUCGGCGCCGUGUUCCUCGUCCUAGUCCUCUCCAACUGGCAGAUAGACACGGCUGAUGCGCGCCUUGCGGAUCAGGAGCCGCUGUCUCCCGGCUCCUCUCGUCCGGACCCCCGCGGGAAGCCGGUCUGGAGGCCUAAGACUCCGUCUCCGAUUCCGACUCCGGCUCCGGCUCUGGCUAAGCUGGCGGCAGCGUCCAAGCACCCGGUCCUCAACGUCACGGUGUCAGACGACUUUCGGAAGUUCUUCCCCCAUAACACGGCCUACUGGAGCCGACUGCUGCACGUCUUCCUGAGGCAGAACGAUCGAUCCCACGCCGUCACGCCCCCUGCGGAUUGGAAGGAGUGCGAGGAGGCGAGCCUCGAGGUGCUGAAGACUAACGUGCACGACUUUGACACCUACCCGGACUUGCACAAGAACUUCCUACGCAUGUGCCACUGCCGCAACCCCCCCCUGUUGAGGGAGCCCAAAAACUGCACCUCGGAAGGGAACGGCCCUUUCCUCCUGCUGGCCAUCAAGUCGGCCCCGUCCAACUUCCAGCGGAGACAAGCGGUACGGGAGACUUGGGGGACGGAAGGCGUGUACCUGGGCGGGCUGCGCGUCCAGACCAUCUUCCUGCUCGGCAGCUCGUCGAACUUGGACCCCGACCUGUCCCCGCUGCUGGAGUACGAGGCCCGGCGGCACCGGGACGUGCUCCAGUGGGACUUCCACGAGUCCCUGUUCAACCUCACCCUCAAGUUCGACGCCUUCUUCAAGUGGACGUGGCGCAACUGCCGCGACGCGUCCUUCGUCUUCAGCGGCGACGACGACGUGUUCGUCAACACGCCCGCCAUCCUGGAGUACCUGCGGGCGCUGGCGCCGGAGCCGGCGUCGCGGCUCUACGUGGGCCAGGUGAUCAGCCCGGCCAGCCCCAUCCGGGACCCCAAGAGCAAGUACUACAUCCCGCCGUCGUACUACGAGGGCGCGUACCCGCCGUACGCCGGCGGCGGCGGCUUCCUCUUCUCGGGGGCCCUGCUGGGGCGCCUGGCGCAGCUGUCCAGCCUCAUUCCCCUGUUCCCCAUCGACGACGUCUACGUGGGCAUGUGCAUCCACGCCCUGGGCGUGGCGCCCGAGAAGCACCCGGGCUUCCAGACGUUCGACGUGGCGGAGAGCGACCGGGAGAACAUGUGCGUUCACAAGACGCUGAUGGUGAUCCACCGGCGCGCGCCGCGCGAGGUGAAGCGCCUCUGGAAGGGCAUCCACAGCCCCUCGCUCACCUGCUGAGCGCCGUCGCGGAGGACACGAGUCUCUGCGGCCGGCGGUGCGAGGGCGGAUUGGCAGAUCUCACCGGUCGUUCGGCCGCGGGACACCGCGAGAGGGCGGCGUCCAACCCUGAUGCAUCGCCCGUUGUGGGGGGUGGAUAGCUGGAUUCCCCUACAACACGUCCGUGGUGGACUUGACCACCUGUUGGGCUGGGGGCUGGGUCGAUUCAACAUGCAACUGGGGGGGGGGGGGACACUCUCACUGCUGACGUCACUGGCGGAUGGAUCGAUUUGAAAUGGCUUGCAAAGACUCAUUAUUUAUGUCCGUUGGAAAAGCCUCUGCAUCACAGAGGUGUACUAUAAACAUUACAACGGGAUGUACACUCCCAGUACUGUCUACUUUAUGGCAGGAUGCAGGAUGCCUUUACAAAGGCUGAAGGUCUAUGGUUAACGCUUAGAAAAUCGUCAAGGUUAGAAAAGGUUCCCCUUUUCUUGCAGUUUGAACCAGACCCGUUCAGCCUUUAUAGAUUCAAACUUAAACCAGCUGUGAUAGGCUGUUGCUGGGAUGUUUAAAGUUAUUUAAGCAAGUCUAUUACCUUUACUUCCAUCAGGGUUGUGUGAAACUUAUUGUCAAAUAAAAAGAAUGCUGGAAUCUUC